AUUUAUCACCAAACUAAACCGUACAAACAGUGUGUAUAUAACCACACUGCGUUCCUCCACCCACCUCACUCUCUCUCUCUCUCAAACAACCAUGCAAGUAACACAACCUUCAUCACCAAGAACCGAUCAAGAAUUCAACUUCACCAGCACCUCGACCUCCCCCUACGUAACCGCCCCGUCGAGCCCGCAACGCUUCGGCACCUACAUCUUCACCACCGCCCCCACAACCCCUUCACGCGCCGCCCCUCAUGGCACAACUCCUUCAACUAUCCCUUUCAACUGGGAAGAAAAACCCGGAACUCCCAAGUCCGUAAGCUCGCAUUACGAUACCGAUGUCGAUGAAGAUUUCGCCUUCGACUUCAGCGGCUACUUGGAACCACCAUCCCUCCUUCCCGCCGACGAGCUCUUCUCCGGCGGGAAGAUCAAGCCGCUGAAGCUCAAGCUUCCUCCGAGAUUAAAUAAUCUCGAAACGAAUUUAAUAAACCUAGAGUCGCCGAAAUCGCCUAGGGCAAAAAUCAAAGAAGCCCUAACCCUAACCCUAUCUUUCUCCCCACGUAAGAAGAGUAGUGAUGAUUUUGACCCGUUCGCCGCGGCUAUGGAGGAGACGCGGCGGCCGGAGAAGGUCCCCGCGGCGAAUUGGUACAAGAAAUGGAAGCUGAAAAACUUGUUACUAUUUCGAAGUGCUUCCGAGGGUCACAAAGAAAAAUACGAAUUGCUUAAAAAAAGUGGGAAAAAUAGAGAUUCUAAGAACUGGAGUUUCCGAUCGGUGGACAAUGACGGUGGUGGGUCGGUAGGGAGUCGGAAGAUGUCGGCGCAUGAGUGGCAUUACACGGUGAACCGAUCGGUGGCGGAGGAGAUGCGGAAGAAGACUUACUUGCCAUACAAGCAAGGGUUUUUCGGGUGUCUGGGAUUUAGGGUUUCUGGAGUUCAUGAGAUUUCUAACAGGGGGAUUGUUUCUGCAAUGGGACGUGAAUAGUUUAACUAAAUAUUGUUCAUAUUUACUUAUGUUUCUUGUACUUUUUUCCUUUAAUUCUGAUGUGAAUUUUGUUGUGCAAUUAUGUUUGUUAAUAUAUAUAUCGUGAUCUUUUUCUAAA